AGUGAUAGUCGGUUUUACAACAACCCAAAAUGGCUGACUUGGAACUCGUGUUGAAGGCUGUCGACGAUACCGGUGGUAUUGACAGUUUAGAACUUGCCACAAAGUUAAAUACCGACCACCAGAAGGUUGUUGGCGCGGUAAAGAGUCUACAGUCACAGGAAGAUCUCAUUCAAGUUGAGCAGAGGCAGAGUAAACGAUGGGACAUAACAGAGGAGGGCAAGGAAGUGGUUGCCAAUGGCAGUCACGAGGCCAGAGUGUACAGAGUUGUACCCGACAGUGGAAUCACACAAGCAGAAAUCAUGAGCUCUGUUCCUAAUGCCAAGAUUGGAUUCAGUAAAGCAAUGUCUGCCAAGUGGAUAAGAAUGGACAAAAAUGCUGAAGGAGGCCCUAAAGUGUUCAGAUCAGCAGACAGUAUAGAGGACAAGGUUCAGCAGUGCCUCGUCAAGAUACAGAACCUUCAGCUGGAUGACGUCCCUCAGGACCAGCGGGCUGAACUCAAGAAGAGGAAACUCAUCUCAGAAGUGAAAGUUACCAGUUAUUUCAUUUCCAAGGGAGACAAGUUUUCAUUGACCGUGUCAAAGGCUGAUGUGGACCUCACCCCAGAGAUGAUCUCGAGUGGGUCCUGGAAGACUAAAACAUUCAAGCCGUACAACUUUGAUGCACUUGGGAUCCCACCACCCACCGGACAUCUUCACCCUCUCCUCAAAGUGCGGGCUGAGUACCGCCAGAUCUUCCUUGAGAUGGGAUUUUCCGAGAUGCCGACCAACAACUUUGUAGAGAGCAGCUUCUGGAAUUUCGAUGCUCUCUUCCAGCCCCAGAAGCACCCAGCCCGAGAUGCUCACGACACCUUCUUCAUAUCAGACCCAGCAAAUGCUCAGAUAUUUGAGGAGGAUUACCGCCAGCGGGUGGAGAAGGUUCAUUCUGAAGGAGGAUAUGGGUCACUGGGGUACAAGUGUGAGUGGAAGAUCGAGGAAGCCAAGAAGAAUCUGUUGCGUACACACACAACGGCGGUCAGUGCACGCAUGCUGUACAAGACUGCCCAGUCUAACACCCUGCCAGUGAAACUCUUCUCCAUUGACCGAGUUUUCCGCAACGAGAACCUGGACGCCACCCACCUGGCCGAGUUUCACCAGAUAGAGGGCGUGGUGGCAGACAGAGGACUCACACUCGGGGACCUGAUGGGAAUAAUACACGCCUUCUUCCUCAAGCUGGGUAUCACGAAACUGCGUUUCAAGCCAGCAUACAACCCCUACACAGAGCCCAGCAUGGAGAUCUUCAGCUACCAUGAAGGCUUGGAGAAGUGGGUGGAGAUCGGCAACUCGGGGGUGUUCAGACCGGAGAUGCUGCUGCCGAUGGGGCUGCCUCCUGAUGUCUCCGUCAUCGCCUGGGGACUGUCUCUAGAAAGACCAACAAUGAUAAAGUAUGGCAUCAACAACAUCCGUGAUCUGAUUGGACCACGAGUGAAUCUUCAGAUGGUUCACGACAACCCAAUGUGCCGACUAGAGAAAUCUCGGACGGCAUCCUAGAUCACAAUGUAAUCUAUUUAAAUCACUUUGGCUGUGCCAAUUUUCUGACCCUUAUUUGGGGGGCCAGUGUCGGAUAUCAUGGUAAACUUCAUCACUUCAGCACCUCGGAGAACACAUGAAAUCUUUAUGUCAAUAAAAUCUAUGCUUCUAUGA